GAGACAGAGAGAGAGAGAGAGAGAGUAUGGAGAAGGAAGAGAGCAAAAGCUGUAAGAUACUAGUGAUUGGAGGAAGUGGGUAUGUGGGUAAAUACAUGGUUAAGGCCAGUGUUUCCUUGGGUUAUCCAACCUUUGUGUACGUACGGCCAUUGUCACCCACUUCAAGCCCCUCCAAGCAAGAGGCGCACCUACAGUUCCAAUCAAUGGGAGUUACCAUCUUCCAGGGUGAAUUGGAUGAGCAUGAGAAGCUUGUAUCCAUAUUUCAACAAGUACAUGUUGUGAUUUCUACACUUCCAGUUCCUCAACACCUUGACCAACUCAAAAUCAUCAAAGCCAUGAAAGAAGCUGGUAACAUCAAGAGGUUUCUUCCCUCAGAAUUUGGCAAUGAAGUGGACAGGGGAACAACAGCACUUCCACCAUUUCAAAGGCUCUUGGAUGAUAAGAAGAAGAUAAGAAGAGCUACAGAAGAAGCUGGGAUACCCUACACUUAUGUGGCAUCAAACUCACUUGCUGCAUACUUCAUAGAUUACUUACUCCAUCCUCAUGAUCAGCUCCAAGAGGAAGUUACAGUCUAUGGCAAUGGUGAAGCUAAGGUGGUACUGAAUUUCGAGGAAGAUGUUGCUACCUACACAAUCAAAUCUUCAGUCGACCCAAGAACAUUAAAUAAAGUCAUCAUCCUUAGGCCACCAGGGAAUAUCAUAUCUCAGUUGGAGUUGAUUGCCUUGUGGGAAAAUAAGUUGAGAAGGAAGCUGAAAAAGGCUCAUAUCCCAGAGGAAGAAAUUCUUAAGCACUCUGAAAUUCUACCCCACCCAGACAACAUAAGUACAUCCAUCCUUCACAACAUCUUUGUGAAGGGUGACCAGAUGAGUUUUGAACUGGAGGAGGAUGAUUUGGAAGCUUCCCAGUUAUACCCAGAUUAUCAGUACACAUCGGUUGAUCGCCUUCUUGAUAUAUGUGUCGUCGAUGCCCCUGUUCCCAAGCUCUCUGUAUUCUGAAUUUCUGACGGAUCACAAACCACCCUACAAUUAGCAAAGUUUCAGCCCACCAAAAAUAAGAUAUUGCUCUGAAGUUGUGUUCUAUAAGAGCAUGAUUAGAUAUUUCUAGGCUUCUAGAUAUGGUACUCUGGGGGAGAAACUCUCUUCUUCUGCUGGUCGUUCAGCAUUAUCCAUAUCACAUAUUGGCAAUGUGUAGACAUCUCAUUUUGUUACUAUAAGAAUGUCCAUAGUGCUCUAGGAAAGGAUGUAAGACCUUGUUUCAAGCUUGGGAGUCAUUCACCUACUUCUUAUUUCUGAUUUUUAACA